GCGGGGCAGCGCUGUGUCAGUCAGUCGAGCGGCCGAGCGCUGGCGGAAGGAUGGGGAGCGCUGACUCCAAGCUGCACUUCAGGAAGGCGGUGAUCCAACUCACCACCCGGACUCAGCCAGUUGAAGCCACUGAUGAUGCUUUCUGGGACCAAUUUUGGGCUGACACAGCCACAUCCAUCCAGGAUGUGUUCACUUUGGUGCCAGCAGCCGAGAUAAGAGCGGUCAGAGAGGAAUCGCCCUCCAACUUAGCUACCCUGUGCUACAAGGCUGUUGAAAAGUUGGUGCAAGGAGCAGAAUCGGGCUGUACAAGUGAGAAGGAGAAGCAAGUUAUGAUAAACUGCACCCAGCUGAUGACCCGCAUCUUGCCGUACAUCUUUGAGGACCCAGACUGGAGAGGCUUCUUUUGGUCGACAGUCCCUGGUGCAGGGCGUGGAGGGGCCUGUGAAGGAAAUGACGAGAAUGCUCGGCCUCUUGCUGAAUCGUUGUUGCUCGCUAUCGCUGACCUGCUUUUCUGUCCUGACUUCACUGUCCAGAGUCACAGGAAGCCUGGACCGGAGAUUGCUGAGGACCUUCACUCUAUUGACAGCUGCGAGUACAUCUGGGAAGCAGGGGUGGGCUUUGCUCAUUCACCUCCUCACAGCCACAUCCAUGACCUGAACAGGACAGAGCUGCUGAAACUGUUGUUGACGUGUUUCUCUGAGGCCGUGUACCUUCCACCCACAUCUGAGGGGAACGUUCUCAAUCCCUGGGUCCAGUUCUUCUGCUCCACAGAGAACAGGCAUGCACUACCGCUGUUUACAUCCCUGUUGAACAUUGUCUGUGCCUACGAUCCUGUAGGGUAUGGGUUCCCAUACAACCACCUACUCUUCUCUGACUAUCGGGAGCCCCUGGUUGAGGUGGCCGCCCAGGUUCUCAUUGCUACCCUGGAGUAUGAUGCCUCCACCAGCCAGAGCCCUUCAGUUGAUGGGACCACAACAAGCACAGCCAUGGAUGACACUGAGCCUCCUGGUCCUGAGAAUCUGUUUGUCAACUAUCUUUCCCGAAUCCACAGAGAAGAGGAUUUUCAGUUCAUUCUGAAGGGCCUUGCUCGCCUGCUCAACAACCCGCUGCUGCAGACUUACCUGCCAAACUCCACCAAAAAGAUUCAGUUCCACCAGGAGCUGCUGGUCCUCUUCUGGAAACUCUGUGACUUCAACAAAAAAUUUUUAUUCUUUGCACUGAAGAGCAGUGAUGUCCUGGAUGUCUUGGUCCCCAUCCUGUACUACUUGAAUGAUGCCCGAGCUGACCAGUCCCGAGUGGGUUUGAUGCACAUCGGGGUCUUCAUCCUCUUGCUUCUCAGUGGAGAACGCAACUUUGGCGUCCGGCUGAACAAACCCUACUCGGUCCGUGUGCCCAUGGACAUCCCAGUCUUCACAGGGACGCAUGCCGACCUUCUGAUCGUUGUGUUUCACAAGAUCAUCACAAGCGGACACCAGCGUUUGCAGCCGCUUUUCGAUUGCCUGCUCACUAUUGUUGUUAACGUUUCUCCUUAUCUGAAGAGUUUGUCCAUGGUUGCUGCCAAUAAACUUCUGCACUUACUGGAAGCCUUCUCUACAACAUGGUUCCUGUUUUCCGCAUCCCAGAACCACCACCUGGUCUUCUUCCUUCUUGAAGUCUUUAAUAACAUCAUCCAGUACCAGUUUGAUGGGAAUUCAAACCUGGUCUAUGCCAUCAUUCGGAAGCGCAAUGUCUUCCACCAGCUCGCCAAUCUCCCGACUGACCCUACUGCCAUCCAGAAAGCUUUACAGAGGAAGAAGAAAUCAGCUGAGCCCAUCUCGCGGACGAACUCCCAGGAGGGCAUGUCCAUGGAAGGAUCGCGGCCGGCAGCUCCGGCAGAACCUGGCACACUGAAUGCCAGCCUCAUUGCAACCCCAGAUAUCGAAAAACUUACGGAGAAAUCGCAGGUGUCCGAGGAUGGAACACUGAGCCGGGUGGAUCAGGAUCAGGUUAAGACCGACACCCCUCCUGAGGACUGUGCUCCGACAGUGACCAGUGACACAGAAUCUACCAGCGGGACAUGUGGUGUUCAGGAAAAUGCAGUUGUUUGCCAAGCUGUCUGGAAGACAAUUCCGCAGAACUCGGAGAGGAGAAGGAAGCCAUCCGGCUUUUCGACAAGUAAUCACUGGUCACCAAGCCCUGACUGGGCGAUAUCAUGGAAAACAAAGCUCCCCCUACAAACAAUCAUGCGCCUGCUACAGGUUCUGGUUCCACAAGUGGAGAAGAUCUGCAUUGACAAAGGUCUGACGGAUGAAUCGGAGAUCCUGAAGUUCCUGCAACAUGGCACGCUGGUAGGAUUACUCCCAGUGCCACAUCCGAUCCUCAUUCGCAAAUACCAGGCCAACGCGGGCACGGCAAUGUGGUUCCGUACAUACAUGUGGGGUGUCAUUUACCUGAGGAAUGUCGACCCACCCAUCUGGUAUGACACAGACGUAAAGCUCUUUGAAAUUCAACGGGUUUAAGGAACCAAAAUGGAUUUGUGCAAAUAUUUUGACCAAAUAUCUUCAUUUUAAUUCUCAAUUCACUGGCUGGUUUCUGCCUUCUUUACCUACACUAUUUGUUCCUACUUUUCAUGUUUACUGCUGAUGCUAACUGUGUGCUGGAUCAGAGUGGUGGAUCCCUGCUCCAUCAGUGAUCAGAGAUGCCACCAGCCCAAGACAGCCCUCCAGCCCGAGUUACCCCCUCUCCACACGAGCGGUAGUCCGACAGCACUGGGCAGCCCCGUGCGAGUGACCAAGCUGGAUCCUCGUCUGCCAUUGCCCUUUGCUGGUCACAGUUCUCCCUGGACAAUAGUUUUGCCACUACAGUUCAUGAAUGGCAGCAAUUCAAUGUCAAGAGUCAAUAGACAAUAGGGGCAGGAGUAGGUCAUUCGGCCCUUCGAGCCAGCAUCGCCAUUCAAUGUGAUCAUGGCUGAUCAUCCCCAAUCAGUACCCCGUUCCUGCCUUCUCCCCAUAUCCC